AUGAUGCUCAUCGUUUUUGGGAACUUUCGGUAUUUUUCCAACACUUUUUCCAGAGGGUUUGAUUAUGGACUUCUAAAUGGAUAUUUUGGCCAACAAUGGAGGAGUUUUAAGUUACUUGAGGUCCUAACAGGGUCACAUUUGGAAGAGUAUCGUCCAAAGAUAAAUUGGCGCAUAAAUCAUAACAAUGUACAAGACUGGCUAUCAUCAAUUCUAUAUCGCAGGGCCAUGGGUCCAUCGCUGGCUACAAUCUCCAGUCCGCUUGGGAUUCGUAGUUUUUUGGAAAAGUUGACGUAUUUGUUCAACAAGCUUAGAAAUGAUAAAAAACAUCGCAAGAGAGCCUUUCCUAAAAGAGGUUAUUGGAGAAGAACACACGCAAUGCUCCGGAAAGACAACAGAAUAAAGUACGCAUACGCUUUGGAGGGAAUUGACUAUGAAAUGAUUGAGAAAUUAGAGAGGGGAGAGAUUCCAGACAUCAAGACACUCAAGAGGUGA